UUCCGUUUGGUCUGCUGCCUCUUUAUGAAGUUGUAUGCAAUAUAUUGCUUAUUUUUUCUCACAGUUCCACCUUGCCAAGGGAGUCAUUGUGAGGGCCGAGGCAGCAUUUAAGAUCAUGAAAAACAUCAAACCAAUACUUGUCGUUAAAGACACAGCGGAAGCGGUGUGGGGGAAAGAUGUCUUAUCCAAGAAGAGCGUCACAGGCGUGGUGGCGCCACGAAAGAAAUGCCUGGGUGAAGUGGCAAAAGAGCCCUUGACGCCAGAGAAGGUGGCUGUUGUCACAGCCAUGCUGAAGCACUGGGGUGCUGAGAAGAAAAUCAGCGUGGAAACGACACUACAGAGCAUGGGUCGCCUGCUUUCGGAGAAAAUUCAAGAUGUGCUCAAGUCAAAGCGUCGGCUUCAGUUAUAAGAAAAAUAAAUCCUGGCAAGCUGGACAUUGUCUAUAUGUAUCUCUUGAUAUAUUGAAGCCUGUGGCUGGUUGGCCACUGUUGCGGCCAGCCUGGCACUAACAGGUCUAUGUACCUAAUGGUCCCAG